AACACUUUCACCCUCACAACAUGCUCACCGUCUUCAACUCCACCUCCUAACGUAGAGUGAACAUGCAGCUGUACAACGGAAGCGAACUGGCCAACUUCAAGACAUCCGACGACUGCUUCUAGACGACUCGAAGAAAGAAGACGAACAAUCACAACGCAAUCCAUUCUCACCCAUUGUUGCGCAGCGAACAUCUACAAACCGACUCGAAGCAGCAAACACUUCAUCAGUAGACAGCUCCCGAAACACCACCUCAAGGUCCUCAACCUCUUUCGAUCGUUGACACCAACCUCGACAACCUCCUCCUGAACCGACCGCCAUGCAUAUCACCAAGAAGCUGGCCGCGGCCCACGAAAAGGGCGAUGCCACCUACUCCUUCGAAUACUUUCCACCGAAAACCGCCCAGGGCGUGCAGAACUUGUACGAUCGUAUGGACAUGAUGCACGGAUUUGGACCGGCAUUCAUCGACAUUACCUGGGGUGCUGGUGGACGACACUCUUCCCUGACAUGUGAAAUGGUCAAGGUGGCCCAGUCCGCCUACGGCCUGGAGACGUGCAUGCACCUCACAUGUACCGAUAUGGAGCUCAGCAAGGUCGACGAUGCUCUAAAGGAAGCGUACAACGCCGGCUGCACCAACAUUCUGGCAUUGAGAGGUGAUCCACCUCGUGAGCAAGAGAAGUGGGUGGAGACUCAGGGUGGGUUUCGCUACGCAAGGGACCUGAUCAAGUAUAUCAAGAAGAAGUACGGAGACCACUUUGAUAUUGGCAUUGCUGGAUACCCGGAAGGUCCGGACGAGACGACAACCGCGGACGAGCACAUUGUGUACCUCAAGGAGAAGGUCGACGCGGGAGGUACCUUUGUUGUAGCGCAGAUGUGCUACGAUGCGGAGCUCUUCAUCGAGUGGGUUCAGAAAUGCCGCGAUGCAGGUAUUCCAGAGUCCGUGCCGAUCAUUCCUGGUAUCAUGCCAAUUUCCACGCACGCUGCGUUCAUCCGCCGCGCGAACUGGACCCAAGCGAGAAUCCCUCCAGCAUGGCACGAGGCAUUGGAGCCAAUCAAGAACGAUGACAGUGCGGUACGUGAGGUUGGUAGAGACCUCAUUGUGGAGUUCUGCCAGAAGCUGAUGGCAGCUGGAAUCAUGCAUCUGCACUUCUACACCAUGAAUCUGGCAGCAGCCGUGAGAAUGGUACUGGAGAAGCUCGACCUCACUCCAUCCGCUGAAAGCCCACAUCCCGACAUCAAGCCUUUGCCAUGGCGUCAAUCUCUCGGUCUCAACCGCAGAGACGAGAAUGUACGACCGAUCUUCUGGCGAAACCGAAACCGAGCAUACGUUGCACGCACACAGGAUUGGGAUGAGUUUCCGAACGGUCGAUGGGGAGACAGCAGAUCGCCUGCUUUCGGAAGUCUGGACGAGUACGGUAUCGGUUUGAAGGGCACCAACGAGCAUAACCGCAAGCUCUGGGGUGAGCCGCAAACCAUCGACGACAUUUCAAAGCUAUUCGUCAAGUACAUGAGCGGCAAGGUCGAGACCCUUCCAUGGUCCGAAGCACCGAUCAACGACGAGGCGAACGUCCUCGUCAAGGACCUCAUUGAGCUGAACAACCGCGGCCUCCUCACGAUCAACUCUCAGCCUGCAGUCGACGGCGUCAAGUCUUCGCACCCUACCUACGGCUGGGGUCCUCGCAAUGGAUACGUCUAUCAGAAGCAAUAUCUCGAAGUCCUGGUCGCUCCCGAGUUGAUCGACACCGUCAUUCAACGCAUGGAGAACGAUGAAGACAUCACCUACUACGCCGUCAACCACAGCGGCGAGCUCAAAACCAAUGUCACCGCCGAUGGAGGUCCCAACGCCGUCACAUGGGGCGUUUUUCCCGGGAAGGAAAUCGUGCAGCCGACAAUCGUCGAGACUGUGUCUUUCCUCGCCUGGCGAGAUGAGUUUUACUACCUCGGCCUCGAAUGGAGCAAGUGCUACGAAGAAGGCAGCAAAAGCCGUGCGCUGAUCACGGAGUUGACAAAGAGCUGGUACCUGGUCAACAUCGUGCACAACGACUUCCGCAAUCAGGGUGGUAUUUUCCCGAUUUUCGAUGGACUUCAGGUUCCGGGUGUGAAUGUCGAGAAGCUGGCGAAUGGCAUCACGAACGGCCACGCUGAGAAUGGCAAGACCACGGAAGAAAACGGCAAACCAGAGACGAACGGCGUUCCAGACGGCAACAAUGUCGUCAACGGCGCGGACAAGAAGGCGUAAAUGAUAGAGAGAGAAACGAUGACG